UGUUCCUUCUACGCAUGCGUACAUUGGUACGGCGUCUCGGGCUUUGAGCUACUCGUGUUAGCUCUAUUGGUUACAUUUAACAAGGAACAGCACCGUACAGAGUUCAAAUAUGUCCUCAAGCGACUUUUAUUUGAGGUAUUAUGUUGGACACAAGGGGAAGUUUGGACACGAGUUCUUGGAAUUUGAGUUUAGACCCGACGGUAAACUGAGGUAUGCAAACAACAGCAACUACAAGAAUGACGUCAUGAUCAGGAAAGAGGCGUACGUACACAAAAGUGUGAUGGAGGAGCUGAAACGGAUCAUCGACGACAGUGAAAUCACCAAGGAAGACGACGCUCUGUGGCCGUCUCCUGAUAGAGUUGGAAGACAGGAGCUGGAGAUAGUCAUCGGAGACGAGCACAUUUCAUUCACGACUUCCAAAAUUGGCUCCUUGAUCGACGUUAACCAGUCAAAGGACCCUGAAGGUCUUCGUGUCUUCUACUACCUGGUCCAAGAUCUGAAGUGUCUCGUGUUCAGUCUGAUUGGCCUGCACUUCAAGAUCAAGCCAAUCUAAAACAUGGACUGAAAGUGUUUGUUACUUUAGCUGAUGUUUUUUGUUGUACGACUGCAUUUGUACAUUUGUUUCUGGUGGGAUUUUCUAUCUUAAAUAAA